AUGGAGUCCUACGUGGUGAGCUGUAAAUAUGCUGAGCCGCAGUUCCCGCCUUGUGAAGAAGAUUACAGUAAUUUUAGUGACCAAGGGGGGUAUUACAACAACCCCCAGGACAGUGGUAGUUAUGGAGGGGGCUAUCAGCCCUUGCAGCCCCCUCCGCCUCCAUACACACCACAACAAACCGGCUAUCACUCUGUGCAGGGGCACCACCGGGAGGAUGGAGAGGACCACUCGCAGCACCAAGGUGCGCCCUUCCCCGCAUACAGGGAGACAGAUGGCACCGGGAAGGAGUCGAGGUUCUCCGUGGGUGACCUGCAGUGCCAGGCCUGGAUGACCUGUGCGAAGCCCGCUCAGGUGCAAAGGAAAACGGCCUGCCAGGGGAAAGACAAGCCGCCUAUUGUUGUCUACCCGUGGAUGAAGAAAGUGCACAUCGCUCACGUUAAUCCGAACCACGUGGGCCCGGAGCCAAAGCGACUCCGGACGGCCUACACGCGCCAGCAGGUUCUGGAGCUCGAGAAGGAGUUCCACUUCAGCCGUUACCUCACGCGCCGCCGCCGGGUCGAGGUGGCCCACGCGCUCUGCCUGUCCGAGCGGCAGGUGAAGGUGUGGUUCCAGAACCGGCGCAUGCGCUGGAAGAAGGACAACAAGCUGCCGAACACCAAAGGAAGGAGCAAAAACAAGAAAACAACGGACAGCAAUAACAACAGCAGCAGCAGCAGUGAUAGUGUGAAGGCGCCGAUAACUGUCUGAACACAGGAGCGGAGUCAGAGACAGCCUGUUAGCACCUUCACUCUCCAAAACUGAUGAUGCUAAAAUGAUCCAGGGUGACUGAAACAAUUAAAACUGCUUUAUAAUUUUAGGCAUUCCACCUGACGCCUAAAUGAGGCUUUACAGAAUCGUUAAUUUUCCUUAUAUUUUAACUUUUGUGUUUAUAAGCAUUUCUUUUGCAAUGUUACUCCUUAAUGAAUGUUUUGAGUCUUACAUUUAGGCUUCAAGUUUAUAGAUGGUCUGACAUCUCUGAAAAAUUAUUUCAUAUUUAGAUAAACGAUUUUAUAGGUGCAGAAGCAAGGUGCCUGGGUUUAGAGAGAUUGUGUGUUUUGGAGAAAACAGGGUUUUAUUUCUACAGGGUAAACAAAUACAGGGUUUUAUAAUAGCUACCUAAAGAAAAUAAAAGAAAAUAGCCUAACUUAUGCAUAUGCACAUUACCAAAAUGUUGUUUCCACAAACUGGCGCUUAAAAAGGGGGGAAAUAAUAAACAGAGAAAACGCCACAUUGCUUGGCGGCUGAUUUGCAGAAUAGUUGGGAAAAAUAAUGAUUUUUUUUUGUAC